AUGUCCAAAAUCCGAAGCUGCGGUUCGCUGGCCUCUGGCAACAAUGCCUUGUUGAUGAUCAAGCAAGAGCCUGGCGAUAAAGCGGAUCGUAUCAAGGAGUUGCAAUUGAAGAAGGAGGAGGGCCGGGCGACUGAAGAGGAAUUGCAUGCCUCCCAGAAGCGUGCUCCUCCACCGUCGACUAAGACCACACCGGUGAAGCAGUUAGCGUCAUUUCCCAAGAAAGCAAAGAAUGGUGCCGACCAGGCUGACCUUCGACAGGGCACUGUCCAAGCGGUGGCCACACCUGCUCCAAGUGCUGCAGCGAGUGAUGGUGGGAGCGGUGCGACGGCUGAGGAGCCAUCUGCCAGUGACCUCCAGACUCGCCUUGAUCAAGCUCUGGCCCUGAUCUCCGACUUGCAAAAGAAGAGUCAGCCUGCCACUCCAUCCCCAAGUGUUGCCGGAACCAAGCCGAGACCCCCACUGUCAGCAGCUAAAUCUAUGGCCCGUUCGAGUCCCUCUUCAGCCACCACUCCAAAGUCUAGCGCAAAAGAGGUGGACGUGGACGUGCCGGAAGCAGAUGAUGAUCACCGCUCAGCCCUGCAAUUAUACAAGAAGGUGGAUGCUAGGUUGCGCCGUCUAUGCGAGAGAAAACCCAGUGGCAAGCUCAACGUGCCCCUGUCAAUCCAUGAGCAGUGGGUUCAGGGAGGGAAAUCACGGGAUGAACUUCGAGCCAUGUUGGAGCAAAAUGAUUUUGACAAGGAGAUGCUUGUGUGCAAGGUGACCAAGCUGAUCGAUCAGCGCAAGGAAGAGUCACAGGAGGUCUUGAAGGGCUGGUUUACCGUGGAGAUGAUGAAAACUGAGCUCAAGCCAGACAAGUACAAUGAGAAGGUGAUGCGCUACUUUGUGGAAUACUCCGACAAGGAAUCCACCAAGCAUUCCCGGACUGAGUCUCAUCAGCACCAAUCUACAGAGGAG